AUGAAAAAUUUUGAAAACAGCAAAUGUGUAAAUGAUUUCUUUAUAAGAAAUAUGAAGAACUUGGAAAAGAAAAACAUUGUCCCCAAUUCGCAUAUGCUAUUUAAUGACAUGGUUUUAGAUGUACUAAAUGAUAUUAACAAAAUUCAUAAUUUUGAUGCUAUGCAAAAAGAAAAAAUUGCGGAACUCAAUCGCAGUUUUAAUGAAAUUGCCAGUGACCCUCUUUUGAGUUAUUAUAAUAAGCCCAAUUUGUUAUCCAAAGAUUUAUAUUUCCUCAACACUAGUUUGGAUGCCCUUGGUAUGAAGCCGAUUAGAGAUAUAUCCAGUUUUGCCGAUUCGAUGUAUCACGUGGAUCCCAUCGAUCAUGCGGACGAUGCAGAGAAAAACGAUUUGCACAUGUUAGAGUUGGCCAAAAAUGGGCUUUCCACAGAUCCUUGUGAGGAGGAGGUGAAGAAUCGUGUCGAUGAUGAUGGCGGGGGAAGGAGCAACGCGGAGGAUGUGGGUGAUAAGGGGGUCCAAACGGGUGCAAAGAAGGACACCACGAAUGGUGAGGAUGGUGAGGAUGUCCCGACACACAGCAAACAUGAUAGCAGUACCCCCAUCGGCGUUGAACACCAACUGUCUCGUGACAAUUCAAGUGUUAACGAAACGAACCCUACAGUAUGCGAAGAUAAGAACAUCCCUUCUGUCUUGAAUGAGAUCAACAGUGAGGACAAAAGCAAAGGCAACCUUUGCCUCAAAUUUGAAGAUAAUAAAUCCCUCUUUGAUGAGAACAAAUUGUUAACGAACGAGAUAGCCACGCUGAACGGCCAGCUGAACGGCCAGCUGAACGGCCAGCUGAACGGCCAGCUGAACAGCCAACUGAAUGGCCAGCUGAACGGCCAGCUGAACGGCCAGCUAAACAGCCAGCUAAACGACCAGCUGAACAGCCAACUGCUCAUUCUGCUUCAGGAGCAGAACAGCCCGAGUAGCCACAACACGCAGAUAAGUUCAGACACUCAAAGCAGAAGCAAAAAAAAAAACAAAAGAAAAAAAAGAAGCAACACAUUAGAAAAUUUAAGGAAGUACGACAGCAUGUGCAGUAAUUUUAACCUGUCCCUAACCAAUUACAAAAACAAACGUGACAGGGCUAAGCAGUUAAAAGAUAUCAGUAACGGCAAGAACGGAUCCAGCCACAAGUAUUGCAGCUUUAGCAGCAUCCACAUGAUGAAUAAAACGGAUAGAUGUGUGAAUGGUGGAAGACACUCAAAAAAAAUUAACAAAAAAAAUGAUAAUUUUAAAGAAAAAAAACAACGAAAGAAAAAAAGUAAGAAAUGA